AAGAAUUUUUGUAUAUAAAAAUCUAUUUGUCAACUAUAUUAGAUAUAAUGAAGAACGAUUGCUUAAUCUUAAAAUAAGAUAAAUCUAUAAGAAAAAUGCCGAAACAUCGACAAAAUUCUGAAAGAAAUCGAAAGAAUAAAUCUCAUCGCCAUCGAAAUAAUUAUACUAGCAUACACAUACAUCGAACAAAUGUAUACAAACAUCGACGAAAUAUAAAUAAAUAUAGAAGAAAUCCACAGUAUAAUAAUAAUGCAAAACCUUCUCAAAUUCCACGUCAUCGAACAGUAUCCUAUUCCACCAAAACUUUAAUUUCUUCUGGAUCAUUCUUUUUGAUUGGUGGAGCUAUAGCUAUGAUAUUAAGCAAACAUGCGGAUAUAUUUUCUAAUGACAACGAAAAAGAUUCUAAAGAUGGCAUUAAUAAUAAUGAUAAUAAUAAUAAUAAUAAAGAAAAUAAAAAUUCUGAUAAUAAAGAUUUACGUGAAAUCAUUUAUACGGGUGGUUUGGUUUCAGUUUGUGUCGGUGGCACAUUACUUGCUUCUGGUAUAGCGUUACAAUAUUUCGCAAUAUUUUACUUGAGAAAACGAGAAAAUGAACGUCAAGAUUUAUUAUCUUCUUCAUCAAUAAUUGACGAAACAGUUCAACCGGAUAGUAUCAAUCCUUAUCAAUCUGGAUGUCAUUUUCAACAGCCUCCAGUACCUCCUCCUCCUCCUCCUCCUCCUCCUCCACCGCCUCCAGCACCACCACCAAUGUCACCACCAGAUUUCUAUUCGCCACAUUUUAUGUCAAUUUAUGAUUCUCAUCGACAGCCACCUGCAACAAUCUCCUAUCCUCAAUAUUCUCAAACUUGCGGAUAUCAGCCUUUUGUUCAACCAACUGCUCCGUCUGAAGAACACGUAAAUAAUGAAUCCACACGAUCUCAACAUAAUCCAUCAACAAAUUAUACUGGAUCGCAAAGGAUCAAGUAUUGCACCAAUCGAUUUUGAAGAAAUAUAAUUAAAAAUCACAAUAAAUCUUGAAUGUUAUUCUUUACGUAA